UUCCGGGUUACUCAGUGAGAUCACUGGCGGGUGUUAUAAAACAUUACGGGUCACAGUAUAAUUUAUCUCCAAAAAUCUGAGAUGGUCCUGCUACGUAAUAGAAAACAGACUGGUGAGCCUGUGAAGGAAAAACAUAUAGUAACAGGUGGUGGAGGCUAUCCUGGCUAUCGCCUAGGGAAAGCGCUUGUAGCUGAGGGAAUACAAGUGGUGUUGUUUGAUAUUAUAGAACCAUGUGGGGAAUUAUUAGAAAGCAUGGAGUUUGUUAAGGGUGAUAUAAGAAAACAGAGUGAUGUGGAAAAUGUGGUCAAAGGAGCAGACUGCAUAUAUCAUCUGGCAUCAUAUGGUAUGUCUGGAAGAGACCAGCUUAACAAAAAGCAAAUAGAAGAAGUGAAUAUUAAAGGUACACAAAAUAUAAUUGAAGCCUGUAUUAAGUAUGGUGUCCAGCGCCUUGUAUACACCAGUACCUUCAAUGUUGUCUUUGGGGGCCAGGAAAUCAGAGAUGGAGAUGAAACCAUACCCUACCUCCCUCUGGAAAAACAUCCAGACCACUAUUCCAGAACUAAAUCAAUUGCAGAAAUGAAAGUUAUGGAAGCUAAUGGAACUAAAAUUGCAGAUGGAAGGGUGUUGAGUACCUGUGCUCUCCGCUUGGCGGGGGUGUAUGGUCCUGGAGAAAUGCGGCAUCUUCCUAGAAUUGUGUCUUACAUAGAACGUGGGCUGUUUGCAGUGACGUAUGGUGCUAGGGAUUCAUUGGUGGAGUUUCUCCAUGUGGAGAACUUGGUGCUGGCACAUCUUCUGGCAGGAAAGGCACUUUCUAAAGAAAAGGAACAUAUAGCUGCUGGCCAAACCUAUUUCAUAUCAGAUGGCAAGCCUGUCAAUAACUUUGAGUUCUUUAGACCUUUGGUAGAAGGUUUAGGUUAUUCUUAUCCAAAAGUCAAUGUACCUUUGACUCUCGUGUAUUUUUUUGCAUUUAUAACAGAGAUGGUUCAUUUGAUGGUCUCCAAGGUCUACAACUUUCAACCAUUGUUGACCAGAACUGAGGUCUACAAGACAGGUGUUACACAUUAUUUCAAUAUAGGGAAGAGUCGGAGAGACUUGGGUUAUGAACCCAUUAAACAAAAUGACCUACAAGAUGUAGUAAAACAUUUCAUAAAGCUUGGCCAUGGUAAAAGGAUUCAAAUACAAUCAAAAUUUGCACGUUAUUUUGUUGAUGUAAUAAUCGGGAUUAUAUUUGCCCUGCUAUUGAUGUCAUGUUUGCCAGUUACAAAAUGAUGUGUGAAAUAUAACCUCCAGUUUAAUCUGACACUGCCUUCGU